AGGGAGGGAGACCAAGGAAAUCAGGUGACAGACGGAGAGGUGGGAAGUUGUGUGUCAGGUCAGCGAUUACUGUAGAUCAGUGCGGGUGAACUGAAGACUGGAGGAAUGGAGGACUCCGAGAAUAUGGCCGUGAACGAGCAGUGUGAUCAAGCUGACUCAGAGCCAGGAGGCGGGGCUGAGACAACAGUGGGCGGAGCUAAUGAGGACAACACAGAAAAACAGGAGAAGACAGAAGAUGGAGCCAAUGAGAGGGAGGCAUGUGACUGCGAGGGCGGAGCCAAUGAGAGUGAGGCAUAUGAGUGUGAGGGUGGAGCUAAUGAGGACAACACAGAAAACCAGGAGAACACAGGAGCUGGAGCCAAUGAGAGUGAGGCAUAUGAGCGUGAGGGUGGAGCCAAUGAGAGUGAGGCAAGUGAGCGUGGAGCCAAUGAGAGUGAGGCAAGUGAGCGUGAGGGUGGAGCCAAUGAGAGUGAGGCAAGUGAGCGUGGAGCCAAUGAGAGUGAGGCAAGUGAGCGUGAGGGUGGAGCCAAUGAGAGUGAGGCAAGUGAGCGUGAGGGCGGAGUCACAGAGCAUGUCAACACAGUGGAGGAAGAGAAUAAAGAGACAGACAUCACACAACAUAAAGCUGGAGAACAAGAAAAGGAGACAGAGGUAAAUAAAAAGAAAGAAAGUGAGGUAGAAGAAGGAAAGGAGAGCAAUAAUGUCCCUCAUUCGGAAGAUAAUGAUUCCUGCGAUAAAGAAGGACAGCUUGAGGAAAAGCACAAAGAAGACGAGAAGAGGAAAAAACAAACCGAAGGCAAAACUAAAACAAAGAAAGAUGAACGAGAUACAAAAGAGAAAAAAGAGACUAAAGAUGGUGUCAAAAUCAAAGCAGAAAAUCUAAGUAGAAAAAGCACAAAAUCCUCCAACUGUUCCCGAGCGGCCCGACCCUCCACCAGAAGAGACGCCAUGGCCAAAUUUCAGAAGGAGCAGACUCCGGGUGUCCGAAACUUUAAAGUUCAACGGACAUCUAUAGGCAUGGCGGGUGGAGCAUCAAUCAAACAGAAAAUACUCAAUUGGUGCCGGAACAAAACACAGAAAUAUGAGGGUGUCUGCAUCGAAAACUUCUCUUCCUCUUGGAGUGACGGCCUGGCUUUCUGUGCACUCGUUCAUCGCUUCUUUCCCUCUGCUUUCGACUUCUCCUCCCUCAAAGCCAGCGAACGAGAGAAGAACUUCAGUCUGGCCUUCAGUACGGCAGAAUCUCUGGCUGACUGCUGCCCCCUUCUGGAAGUGUCGGACAUGUUGCUGAUGGGCAACAGGCCAGACCCGCUGUGUGUCUUCACGUAUGUACAGGCUCUGUGCCAUCACCUCUCGAAGAUAGAGAAGGAGAGGAGGGAGAAAGAGACGGACACAAACACAGAAGAAGAUCCAGGGGUUUCUGACGCCAACGGAGAGAGGGACGAGAGUGGACAGAACGAGCAGACCGAGGAAAACGCAUCAUAUUCUGGCAUGCAGACAGAGCAAGAGACAGAUCCCAAUGAGAAUAUUAUUAAUGUUGUGGAUGAGAAACUCAAUGAAUGAAUGAAAUAAGAAAGGAGAGCGUAAGAAUUGUCGUAAUCUGCGUUUGAGAGUGAAUAGUGUCUAAUGUGGAUGAUCAGUUUUCAUUCUUUCUUUAAAUGUUUUGGGUUUGUAUGGGUUUCAUUUUGAACCCUUGGCUUUUUCUUUUUGGGCUGUUUAAUAAUGUACAUUUAGAUUGGUUUGAUUUCCGUCUUUUCUGCAAUUCAGAAAUAUGACACGCUUUUUGUUCUUAUGGUACACACUGUAAAUUCUUUAAGUUCAGUUUACUGAACAUGCCUUAUAUUUUAAGUAAACUUAAAGGGAAAAUUGAAGUUAAACACGCAAUCAGUAACUCCUCUAAAUCAAUUUAAAAAAGUUUAAUACUUCAAUUUCACAUAAUAUACUUCCUAAAUACUAUUAUUCUCAACUUGGAUUUAAUCUUUCAUUUUAAACUAUGGAGCUUAAAAAAAUACCUGCAAUUGGUUUCAACAUUUCUUCAAGUGAAGUAAACUAGUUUAAGAGGCAAGUUCUCCACACUUGAUUUUUGUAAUAAACUAUUAAAGUACAUCACGAUAAUAAAACUAUGAUUCGAGAGCAUCUUUCCAUGUUCUUGUAACACACACACAUUCACAGACCUGACCAAACAGCAUCAAUAACUGGGCCUGCUGGAACUGAACAGACAUCGC